AUGGAAGUGAAAGUUAGUGUGGGUGGUGUUGAGCGAAGCGUUUCAGGACUCACCGAAACCACCACAUGUGCGCAAAUCAUUUAUGCUCUUGCGCAUGCGACCGGUCAGAAGGGACGUUUCGUUAUGGUUGAGAGACAUCGUGAUUUUGAACGAACUUUGGCACCGACUGAUCGCCCAAUAGAAAUGAUGCGAAAACGGGAUCAACAUUCACCCAAUGUUAGCUUCAUUCUGAAACAUCUUGAUAGCGCACCGUCAGUUCUACCGUUGACUUCGUCUUCUUCGUGUUCACCGUCCUCAUCUGAUCUUCAUCAAAAGAUUCAGAAUCCACACACAUCGUCAAUUAUCAAUGACACUUCUAAAACAAAUGCUUCCGUACAAGCAUCGUCAUCAAAUGAAACCAAUCACUUUGAUGCUUUAAUAUUAACAAGCGAGCAACAGAACAACAGCUGUUCUGGCCAAGUAUUACAGCCAUUCACCGAAUCAACACUUGCUCAGCAUCCAAAACAACAUGCACUGAUCACAAAUGGAGAUUAUUCAACGCGAUGCUCCACUGGUUUAUUAUUUGAAAGCGUUCCGCUUCCAUCGCAGUUUUCGUUGGCUUCUGAGUCUAAACCUUCAGCAUCGCAGCGUAUCGUCAGCAGUUCAUCUACCGGAUGCAUCACCAAUGUUUUAUCGGCACCAGAUGCUAUACAUCACUGUUGUGACGCCAGUUCUUCAGGAGCACAUCCGUCAUGGCAAACACAACCACUGUAUCACCAUCAAACCCAAAGUGCAUCGUUCAUUGGUGCUACAACAGCGAACAGUUCACAAAUAGGCUCAUUAAAAAAUAGUAGACCACCUCCACCAGCCUAUCAUGAAGUGAUUGAAAGGCGCUACAAUUCACUUACUCGAGGAGGCACAACAACGAACACUUCAUCAUUGCUGAGGAAUAGUCGAAAUAUUGCAUUCCGACCACCACCAGAUCAUCGCAUUCCCAUGAAUUUAACAAGCGCUGAUCUCGAAAGACUUAUUCUCAAUCAGCAACGUACCAUCGACGAGCAAAAGUCUCAUUUAGCACAGCUCGACAUUGCCAUUCACGAUGAUCAUUUGCGCGAAAUCAUUCAGUUGGAAAGGCAGCAAGCCAAUCUGCGAUUGAUACUGAAUCCAUUGAGAUCUGUGGAUUGGCCCAGUCGUCUUCAUGCCGAGAAGUUGAGAACUGAACAGGUACAGGUGGCGAUUGUCGAGCUGCAGCGCAAAAUCGAUUCAAUCGCAUGUGAGAUACGUGAAAAGGCAAUGAUUGAGAUGAAAAUCAACGAACAGAUCGAGUUGAUUCAACGUGAAAUUUGUAAUUUGGAAUCGACUCACUGCAAUACAAAAGUGAAUAAUAAUGGAAAUGGAAGUGAGAAAGGCGAUUAUCAUUAUUUUGUCAGUAAUAAUAGUAAUAAUAAUCCUGAAAAUGAUAUCGUCAAUGAUGAUAGUCAAGAAGAGGAUAAUAAUAACGAGGACGAUACUGUGCAGCUUGAAUUGCUGGAAUGA